AUGGCCACGGUGGGUGGAAGAAGUUUGCUCACCGGGCAAUCCAGGCCCAGUCGGCAGCUGAGUUGUGAACGAGCUCAGCAAGAUGUUCGUCCAGUUCCUCGAUACCAAACCAUCUGUUUUGAAGAAAAUCGAACCAUGAAAUCCAGGAUUGAAAAAAAGCUGUGGCUGUUCAAGAUUCCCAUAGUGGAAUGGAUAUGA